AUGUCGAUCCUGUGGGAGAAGAGCGCGGGGUGGCGAUGGCUGGUUCGGCGGACGCGUGACUCGAAGCCCUUCUUCUUCACCUUCGCGGCGCUGUGCAGCGUCGUCCCCGGCGUUAUCGGCUACGGCGUGAUGCGGCUCACCAGCUCCCGCAACGAGCAGCUCGAGGCCCACCUUCGCUCCACGGCCCGACCCGAGACCACGUGCGAUUUGAGAUCACUGUUUGUGGAUCUAAGGUUGAUUGGUCGAUCUGGUUUACAUGUUCAAUCAGUUUCUCACUUGAAAUUCAUGAAUUUCAAAUACACGGCAGCAUGUUUGAGGGAUUGA